AUGACCAGACAAUGGGUCCGGAACGGUGACCCCAAAUCCGGACACCCACGGCCCAUCCGUGUGGCGGCAUGCCCCGCUGUCAGAGAGCCUACCAAGCCUACCCUCCACAACUCCACACUCCACACCCUUCUACCCUCCACCACACCUACCCUCCACCAACCCUACCCUCCACACACCUACCUUCCAACACCCUACCCUCCACACCCUUCUACCCUCCACCACACUACCCUUGCACAACCCACACCCUCCACACACCUACCCUCCCACACCUUCUACCCUCCACCACCACCCUACCCUCACACCUUCUACCCUCCACACACCUACCCCUCUCCACACCCUUCUACCUCCACACAUCUACCCUCCCACAACCCUACCCUCCACAACCCUUACCCUCCUCACACUACCCCUCCACACCACCUACCCUCCACAACCCUACCCUCCACACCCUUCUACCCUCCACACACCUACCCUCCACAAACCCUAUCUCCACACACCUACCCUCCACACACCUACCCUCCAACAACCCUACCCUCAACCCUACCCUCCACACACCUACUCUCCACACACCUACCCUCCACAACCCACCCUCCAACAACCCUACCCUCCACACACCUACCCUCCACACACCUACCCUCCAAACCCUACCCUCCACACCCUUCUACCCUCCACACACACCACCCUCCAAACAACCCUACCAUCCACACCCUCUUACACUCCACCAACACCACCCUCCACAACCCUACUCUCCACACACCUACCCCACACACCUACCCUCCAACAACCCUACCCUCCACAAACAACCUACCCUCCACACCUUCUACCCUCCACACACCUACCCUCCAAACCCUACCCUCCACACACCCCACCAUCACACACCACCCUCCACACACCUACCCUCCCACAAAACCUUCUUACCCUCCACACAACACCCUACCCUCCACACCCUCUAGCCUCCACAACCUACCCCCACAACCCUACUCUCCACAUACCUACCCCACACACACCCUCCACAACCCUACCCUCCACAAACCUACCUCCCACCACACCUACCCUCCACCACAUCCUACCCUCCCACAACCCUACCCUCCCACACACCUACCCUCCACAACCCUACCCUCCACCACCCCUACCCUCCACACCCCUCACCCUCCACACCUAUACCCUCCACAGCCCUACCUCCACAGCCCUGCCCUCCACAACACCCUACCCUCCACAUCCCUACCCUCCAUACCCCUACCCUCCACACCCCCUACCCUCCACACCCUACCCUCCUACAUCCCCACACCUCCAAAGCCCUACCCUUCAUACCCCAACCCUCUAUACCCAUACCCUCCACACCCCUACCCUCCACAGCCCUCCCUACCCUCCAAACUCCUACCCUCCACACCCCUACCCUCCACAGCCCUACCCUCCAUACCCUACCCUCCAUACCCCCUACCCCUCACAGCCCUACCCUCCUACCCCUACCCUCCACCACCCUUACCCUCCAAGCCCUACCUCCCAAACUCCUACCCUCCACACCCCUACCCUCCACACCCUUCACCCUCCACAGCCCUACCCUCCAACACCCCUACCCACCACACCCCUACCCUCCACCCCUUACCCCCCAAACCCCUACCCACACACCCCUACCCUCACACCCUUACCCUCCAUACCCCUAACAAUCCACAACUAUACCCCCUCACCCACCCUCCACAACUUACCCUCCAUACCCUAACCAUCCACAACAACCCCUCCAACCUACCCUCCACACCCCACCUCCAUAACCCCACUCCACACCCCUUACCCUUCAAACCUCCACAACCUUACCUCCACACCCCUACCCUCCACACCCCCUUACCCUCCAUACCCUACACCCAUCACAACUACCCUCCACACCCCUACCCUCCAUACCCUUACCCUCCACACCCCUACCCCCACACCUUAUCCUCCACCACCCUACCACCUCCACACCCUACCCUCCAUACACCCCAACCCUCCACACACUAA